CACAGAGGGGUCUAGCUCCUGCUUUUGUGCACUUCUAUGUGUAAAAACAGCAUCUCAAGAGACUGAUGCAUCAAACAAUGUCAUUAAAAGCAUAGCAGAUGACAACGAGACGGCAAAGGGGAACCGAAGAAGAACUUUUAUAACUUUUGCCGGUUUGGAGAUGAAGCGCUGGAGCUGCGCGUAAAAGCUUGCGUGUGAAAGUCCACAGACUUUGGCGAUUUCUUUCCAUAGUUGUAUGUUUACUUUUCUCCUGCCAAAGGUUUUGAUUGAAAAUUCACGAUGAAUACCUCGGACAUAUUUUGCGAUUCCGAACAUGCAAACUCGUCAAACUUGUCGUGUGUGAACCGAACCGUCCCGUCUUACAGCGUCAUCGACAUCGCGUCCUUCAUGCACGUCUUCCCCACUGUCUACGGCAUCCUGUGUUCAGUUGGAGUUCUGGCCAACAGUUUGGUUAUCUAUGCUGUGGCAUCAUGCAAGAAAAAGAUGGUCUCCGACAUUUACGUGCUGAACUUGGCCAUCGCAGACCUGCUCUUUCUGUUGGUGAUGCCCUUUAACAUCCAUCAGCUGGUGAGGGACAGGCAAUGGAUCUUUGGGCACUUCAUGUGUAAGGCUGUGGUGGUGGUGGAUGUGAGUAAUCAGUUUACCACAGUGGGGAUAGUGACUGUGCUCUGCAUUGAUAGGUACAUUGCCAUCGUACAUCCGACAUCAGAAAAGAGGACCAUUCAAUGGACCAUCAUCAUCAACAUUAUGGUGUGGAUGGGCAGCUUCCUUCUGAGUAUCCCUGUCAUGAUAUAUGCUAAAGUGGUUUCUAAAAAACACCUGGACAUGUGUAUGAUAUACCUAGAUGGGCCAAAGGAUAUGUACUGGUAUACGCUUUACCAGUCCACAUUGGGUUUCAUUGUCCCCUUGAUUAUUAUCAGCACAUUUUACACUCUCACAUUGUACCACGUGUUCCGCUCCAUUCGAAGGGUCAAGCGCAAGCAGUCCGUGUGGGCCAAACGGGCCACUAAGACAGUGCUGAUGGUGAUCGCCCUGUUCAUGGUCUGCUGGUCCCCCUACCACGUCAUCCAGGUCAUCAACCUCAGCAUAAAACAGCCCACCAGCGCAUUUGUUUACGCAUACAACAUCAGCAUCUGCUUAAGCUAUUCCCACAGCUGCAUCAACCCUCUCAUGCUGCUCGUCUUCGCCCAGAACUACCGCGAUCGCAUCUGCCGCCGCAAGGAACUGCGCUCCCAGACCAGCAUGUCCAAGACCACCGUUAAAACCGACGGAAGCUCAAGCGUCAGCCCAAACACCAGUCAUCGAUGCACUGUUAUCUAAUGGCCACCAAGCCCCACUUGACGUGCUAACUGAGAAAAACAAGAGAAAAGUGGAGGCCUGCAUUUCAACACUAGAUCCUAGACUCUGGACUGUUUUUCAAAGGGGAAAUCUGUGAAUGCCACAGUGAACAGAACUUUCAGGAGGGAUGUUGAAGUGAAUCAGCGGAGUGACUGAAGAGCCAAUGAGCUGACAAUUGAAUCGACUGUAUUUGUGGUAUGUGGCACUCUGGAAAACUGACUGUAUUGUCCUGGUACUGUAGUACUGUUCAUUGAUCUGUUGUUUAAAACCUGCCUGAUGUCAUGAAUUUUAUUUGACUGUUGCAGUACAUUAUAUUACAUGGUUCAAUACAUUUAUCGCAGCAGUUUUUAAGGUUAUUGUUCGAGUUUUCAAUUGAUCAAUUUUUAAAUAAAAAAACCUAACCACCUUCAUACUCCAAACCUUAACCGAUAGUGUCAUAAAAGCAAAUGUUAGAUGAAAAACACAAUUUCUGAAGCAACCAUGUCAUUUUGUGGCGCUUCUAUGGUGCUUUAGGCUCGCGCGUCAACUCGUAUGCUCCUCUGAACUAAUUUUUCGUUUGAGCUGCUACAAUUAGCUUGUGCAUGUAGUUGGUUAUGUAAUGCAAACGUUAAAAUGCAUCGAAUGUGCGAUAGUAAAAGAGUUUAGAUGUCAAAAUAUAGCAUUGUGUGAGGAACAGGUUGAAAAGUAAGUGUUUCUGAACUGAUAAUCUGAUAUUUCACUCAUGAUUUGUGUGAAAAUGAAUAAAAGUCAUUGUUGUUGUAGUGCCUCUAGUGUUCAUUACACCUGCCGUUGUAAUGAAAGGCUACGAUCAAAGGCCAUGUAAAAAAUAUUUAUCAAAAAUAUACAUUGUAUACUGUAUACAGAAUUAUACAAAUUGUGUUUUCUUAAAGAUCAAAUGAGUAAACCAUCUGACAUGUUGCAUCCUGCAGUAAAUUUAUAUAAAUAUCCUUGAUAAAUGUACUUAAGAGGCAAAAUUUUGUAAGCUAAUAAGUCUUGUUGUCAGAGAAUAUAUCCUAUGUUAUUGACUUUAUUUUUCUUUCACCAUUGGCAAACAGUUUUCAGUAUAAACCUCACUAAAUUUCGUUACAUUUAUGCUUAAAAGAAAAAGAAGGAAAAAUGUGCCUUUAAUUUCAAUUUGCCAAUGGGAUAGGUCAAAUAUGUAGAAUUAAAAGGAAUAUUUUCCAAAAAUAAGUCUUAAAACUUUAUGCAAUCUUGCAUCUAAAGUCAAUAAUAUUUUAAGUAUGUUUAAAUUUUUUUACUGGAAAACAAGGCAAAAAUACUAAUUACGAUUGUUAUGUCACAAUAUGUAGCUUUCAAAAAUAAACUGUCAUUGUAAUAAUACAUAAUAUCAGUGUUUUUAUGGAUAUGUCUGGUGUUGAAAAAGUUCAUUUGUGUCAGAGAAGAAUAAACAAAUAUGCUGAUUGCCCUAACUGUGCAUUUAAUCAUUAAAGGGUAAUGGUAAAUGAUUUCCAUUCUGAUAUUAUCCUGCACUCAAGUUCAUUUGUGGAUUUGUGAAAACUCCCAUCUGUCUCUUUUGGCAUGAUCAUGAAUAUGGCAUUCCACUUUAUAUUUGUGCAAAAAGAACACAUUUCUUGUGACUUAUCUUUAAAGCAUUUUACAGCAUAUAUUACGCCUUUAGAUGUCUACAUUUGAAAUGUUUCCAGAUGUUAUUGGAAAGCAUCCAUUGUGACCUCACAUGAAGUCUUGGUGUCAUACGCAUAGAACUGUCUCUAUAAUCUUCGCUUGGAAAUUUUUAAAAGAUAAAAUAUCCUUGAGUGUAGAGCUCUCAGUGUUUUAUUAUGUGUAUUCACAAAGAUGUCCAGUGUGAAAUGCCCCAUGUUGCUCUGUUUUCCCCCUCAUUCAGAGAAGCCCCUGCGGUCCCUUAAGAGAACAGAUACAGUAUGUUCACUGUUAAUGUGUGACAUUUCAACUAUGUGUGACUGGUCACAUUUCAGUCUUGCCACCCUCAAUCAAUACAUCAGAAUGAUUGGCAAACAAACAAAGAACUGGGUAUAAAUGUUUACAUCUUUCCUUUUACUGCCCUCAUGAAUUAUAGGAAGGAAUGAUUUGGACUGACAAAUGCUUCUCUUGGGGAACGCUGAGGGAAAGAUAAGACUGAGCUGCUGUUUUCUGUGAUAUUCUGUUUGAAAAUGGAUCUCACUCAAAUGAGGUACAAAUGACUCCAAGAUCAGUCGCUUUUCAGGGAAAACUCUGUAUGCUUUAUAAUCUCCGAUUGAACAUUUACCUCCUGUUUUGAAACCUGUCAUUGAGUACUGUUCUGUAUGCUUUUGUCACUUCUGUGCUAUGAAUGUACAAAAUAAAUGCUAAAAAAGCAACACACCUUUUGUUUUACUAUUUUAAUGUAAAAUCAUGUAGUUCUUGUAUCGUGUUCAUAUACACUCAUUAAUAAA